AAACAAACUAUAAUAUUUCUUCUUUUCGGCUGUAGCCUGUAGCUGUGGCAGUGCUUGGAAAGAACUGGACGCCUCGCCUCGCGCCCAUCACCGUAUAAGGAGUAAGAACCCCGAACAGCUACGAUUCCUCCACUUCUUGUCAGCGUUUUAUAUAUGAACAAAACCUAAACCUGGGAAAAGGGAUAAUAAUGGACAGCUACAUACAGGAAAAGAUCCAUAAAUUUGAGGAAUUUGUCGAUGGCCAUUUGAAACCACAGCUUGUUCGCGCUAUUGCUGAACGGGACAAGGUUUUUGAGCAACAAAAGAUUUUCUCAGAUUUGCGAAGGAGUAUAGAGAACUUAGAGAAGAACAGUGUAACUAAUCUCAGAACAAUGGUCAACCUUGGCUCUGAAGUGUACAUGCAAGCUGAUGUGCCAGAUACACAACGCAUAUUUGUGGAUGUUGGACUUGGAUUCCACGUGGAGUUUACCUGGACUGAAGCUUUGAAUUUCAUAGCGCUAAGGGAGGAAAAAAUAGCAAGACAAAUAGAGGAGUACACUCGGUUAAUAUCAUCAAUUAAAGCCAGGAUCAAAUUGGUCUGUGAGGGGAUUCGAGAGUUGCUCCAACUGCCGGCAGAGAAAUCUUUACCACAUCGUGUUUUUUAAUAUUUACGAGUUAAAAGUGUACUGCAACCACUUACCCUCCUUCAUAAUUUGCACUCGGGAAAGUGAUGGCCAAGAGAGUGAAAAAAGAUUCUUGCUCUGUGAUGUAGAGGAUAAUAGUUCGGCGUUGAUGCUUUUCUGUUACUUCACUUCUGUAAGUUGUCCCUUUUGCAGUGUUGCUGAAUUUACUUUUAACUGCUAAAACAUAAAGUAGAAGUAGAUAUAGUUUGGUA